GUAAAACAGGACAUUCAGGAGUGCGUUUAGAUUCUCACUGAUUUUCAUCUAUUUUAUAAUUUAUAUUUGAAUAUACUUGAUAUCAGCGAUCUUUGUCUCCGGCAUGUUGUCGAUUAUUAUCAUCGCUUUACUGCUGAAUCUCCUCGUAGAGACCUCUGAGUCGUUCACUGUAGUGGUUCCUGCUGAUCCUGUAGAGGCUCAUGUGGGAUCCUCAGUGAUUCUGCCCUGCUGGAUCUCUCCUCCUGAGACCGCUGAAGCUCUGGAGAUCCGCUGGUACCGUCACGACUUCAACAACCCUGUUCUGCUCUAUAAUCACGGGAAGAUCCAGGACAUCCAGGAGUGUUUCAGGAACCGAACCUCUUUGUCUCUGCGGUCAGAUCAGUCUGGUGGACUGAAGGAUGGAGACGUCUCUCUACGGCUGGAGAAACUCACAUUUCAGGAUGAAGGUCCAUUUCACUGUUAUGCGAGUGGAGAAAGUUCAUAUGGCAGCAAAGUAGUAGAUCUCAAAAUCACUGAGAGGAGUUCUGUCUCAGAUCCAGCGGAUCCAUCAGGUCCAUGGAAGGCUCUUUUCUUCACCCUCCUCAUCUUCACUCUUCUGGGGUUGGUUGGGUUGAUCCUCUACAGAUACAGACACAAACUAACAGGGAAGAAACAACCUUUAGCAAUUGUGGGAGAUGCAAUUAUAGAAGAACUGAGGAAACAUGCAGUUGAGAUCAGUAUUGACCGUGAGCGUUCACAUCCAGAUCUGACGGUUUCUAAGGACUGUAAAAUCGUGAGGGACGGUCCAGAAUAUAAUCACACUGGAGAGGGAUUUCCAUAUGAAUUAUGUGCAUUUGGAGCCCAGAGAUUCACUUCUGGUCGUCACUAUUGGGAGGUGGAUCUGACACGAGACAAUACACCUCCCAAACACUACUGGUUAAUUGGUGUGGUGAAAGAGGGAAGUUUUACUUCAAAACACAGAUCUGCUGUAACUCCAUCAGCUGGUUUCUGGUUCUUGUGUUCAGACGGUCCUCAUGGCUUUCACACCAACACUGACCAAUCAAUUAUACUCUCACUGACCCCGAGACCUGAGCGACUGGGAGUUCUGUUAGAUUAUGAUGACGGUCAGCUGUCAUUUUACAACGUCACAGAGAGAAAACAUCUCCUGACCAUCAGCAGCAGAUUCUCUGGAUCAGUCGUUCCUCUGUUCAAUCCUGGUGUGGGUGAUCCAAGUGAGCUUGAAAUCCUGGAUUGUCCAAUAUUUGUAGAGUCAAGUAAACUUUUACUGAUUAACUAGCAGCUCAGUCACCUGACUGACCAUUGCAGUGUGUUUAAACUGGACAUAAAGAAGACAAAAACACUAACCUUCAGCCAAUCUCAAGAUCAGAGGUUUGACUCCCAGUAUACUUACAUGACGUAUUUCUGAUAUUUGGUCAAAGUGUUCAAGUGGUUGUAAAGAACUCAAGUGUGUGUAGAACAGAGAUGGACAGCUCAGUGCUGGAGGUUCACUGUCCUGCAGAGUUCAGCUCCAAACCCAAUGAAGCACACCUGAAGUAUCUAACUGAAGUGUUCAGGAUUACAAGAAAAUUUUUCCUGAUCAUAUAUUUAUGGGUCAUUCUUAUGUACAUGUAGGAAAACCGGGUACAGUAUUUCUUACCCAACACUGUGCAUUUACUUUUCACACUAAACAGUGGAAUAAUUUAACGGUAUAAAUGUGAAUGUAUGAAAUGGUGAACGUUCAGCUUCUGUCUACAGAGAUGAUGAGGUGAAUUGUUUUACAGUCUUCAGCAUAUAAUAAAGGGUCUUUCUCAAGCACUGAACUCUUUUCCAUAAUGGGGACUGGGACUGUUUUAAUAUCAUAUAUGAUAUAAAGCACCAGUAAAGCAUUCUAACAGUAUUCUAAAUGACCUUUAUUCUAAGUGUUCUGAAGUCAUAUGAUAGUUAUGUGAGCUGAACAAAAUCCAAGCUGACACAACAGACCAGCUUCUCAAUAUAGACUCCAAACACAAGAGCAGACGUGACGGCGUGUGAGAUACCUGUCCACAGACGCUGCUCAGAAGGCAGGUGUUCACCUUCUUCGAGGCGUCUUCAUUUGAUUUCUUACUCCUUCUUGGUCAUCUUGCGGAGGACUGAUUCUGAUAAAAGAA